CGAAAUAGCAAAAAUAGUCACAGGAGUUUUGAGGAACAACCAAAACAUUUAAUUACACAAAACAAUGGAUUUAUACCUUUAAACAACUGUUUCUGAACGAAGAUCGGCUAAUAAAUAUUGUUUGAUAAUCAAACACAAGAUAUUAAAGAAUUCACCACAGAAACAUGAAUUAGAGAUGUAGUGGAAUUUUAAUCUGUUAUAACCAAACCAGUGAAAAUUAAAACUACAAUUACUGCAUCAAGGUUGAACUUUGGUAAGGUAAACAAGAGCAACACCACUUAUUAUCAUAGUUGGAAAAGAGAAACAUGAAUGAUGGAUAGUGAUAGAUUCACGUCACAGAUAUCAACAGAUGCAGAAGCAUGGACAGAGACCCCACAGGAAAACUCACAGGAGUCUGAUCAAAGAUCAAGAAGAAAUGAUCCUAGUGGAGCUAUACCAAGAACAAGUGCUGUUAGCCAACCUUCAGCAGCUGUACCCUCCACAGAACAGUUCUACACUGGUAGAGAAGAGAGGCAAGACAGUCUCAGCAAACCUCCUCCCCAUAGUACUAGUUCAUCCUCUCUACCUAAACUAUCAAGAGAAGACUUUAUUACACAACACUAUGAUAAACUUCCUAAGGAACUUAAAGUAGGACAUUACGAUGUUAUGGUCUUAUAUAGUGAAGCAGAUUAUCAGGAAGCUGAACAUUUUCGGGAUCAUUUAGAAAAAGAUAUUUUCCCUACUGAACCUGGUAAAAUAAAAGCUGUGCUAUAUGAUGGACCAGAAUUGGAAGGCUUAUCUUCCUCAAAGUUGCAGCAUUUAGACCAUGGAUUCCAGCGUUGUACAUUUACAUUUGUUUACUUAACAAAACAGUUUGUAGAAUGUGAUUGGUGUAGUUUGUCAAGUGAGACAUGUUUAAUGGAAGCAAUUUAUAAUAAGGAAAAAAAGUGGUGUGUUGUUCCUGUAUAUACUGUGCAAAGAAACAAAGCCAAUUUUAGGGUUCCAAUGGGUCUCAAUUCUUUGAAAGGAAUUAAUUUUUACAAUGCUGAUGAAUUUUACCGUAAAGGUGUAAGACGCUUAAUUGGUGAUAAAAUAUACAAGCGGGUAGAAAGUGAUAAAAAACAUCAAGAAGAAUGCUAUGACUACUUAGUAAGAAAAGUUCAAGAGGACGAUGCUUAUGAACGUAAGUUGUUAGCUGAUCAUGAACACAAACAACGUAUGAUGGAAAUAAACCGUAUCCAGUCUGAGAGAGAAUGGAAAGAAUAUUACCGAUCACAGUCCAUGAAGGAACAAACUGAAAGAAAUAAUGUGUAUACAUCAGGUGAUGGCUAUCCUAAAACUGCUGGAAAUAUGACACACCCUCCAUCAUUUCCUGAAAGAUUCAAAGGGCCAUCAGAAGGUGAUGAUACAUCAAGUUUGAAAUCACAGUCAGAAAAAAUUGUUGAUGAAAUGAAACUUAAGCCAGAUAUUAAUAGCAGCAUUCAAUCUACAGAUUACCAACAGAAGUAUGGAUCUUCAGAUUCUGGGCCUUCCUCUAGAAAAACCGGACCAACUUCAAUGGAUGCUGGGGAUCUUACAGGAGACUAUCAAUCCGCCCCACCACAUCCAAAUGCUCAAUCAAGACCUGGCCAUUUGCCAAAAUCUGAAGUGAAUUAUCCACCAAACAAUGAACCUUCAGAAGUUCAUAUACAUUAUCAUCAAUAUUACAAACCUACAAAACAAGAACCAGAAGCUGUACUGCAACCUAAAACUUACAAUAUAACAGCUGACAAUGUGAUAAUAGGAGACCAGGGGAAAAUACAUUUUGGUGGACAACCAGCUGAUAUGGAAGAGUUCAGAGAUGAUGUUGGCAGUAAAGAUAGUGUACCUAUGAUGGACAGCAUGCCAAGAAGAAGAAGUGAUCAAGGAUUACCUUCAUCUGUCUCUGCUGAUGCUGGGUUUCCAACCAAUCAGAGUUCAGAUACCAGUGCAGGGAGACUGCAAGGCAAUUCAAAACCAACAGAACAUGAAGAUAAAGAAAUAACAUGUGUUCAAAAUAAUCCUACUGUGUUAAAAGAGACAGAAGCUAAAUUGGGGUCAUCUGAUCCUGAGAGUACUAGUUUAAAAACAAGUGAUAAUGAAAGUACAAAUUUGAAAGUACAAAACCAAAAACCAGAAAACAGAAAGAUCUCUACUAAAGAAGAAAAUUUUGAAUAUAAUAUUCCACCAAGAGAAAAAACUGAUAGUAAACCAAGCCCUGUUAAAUGUGUAACGUCUGAUAAACUGCCUUCAAAUAGAAGACCAAUAAAACCAUUCACACCUAAUCCUGCUUCUUCACCACUUAUCGCUCUUGUUCCUCCUAUAAAAAGUUCUUACGCAGUUGAUAAACAAAAACAAGAAAGUGCUGACAAUGAAAGUGAUAAUGAAAGCACUGUUCUCAAACAACCAGUUGCAUCAGAGACUACUGUACCUAAAGUAUCUCCUACAACAGGUAGGGAGCAGACAUUAGUGAAAACACCGGUAGGAAGUUCUUCUGUAGGGCAUAGCUCAGGGAGUAAAGUAACUCCUACAAGAGGUAGUGAGCAGACAUUAGUGAAAACACCAUUAGGGGGUUCUCCGUUAGGACAUAGCUUAGGGAGCAAUGUUGAUCCUGAUGAUACUGAAGUACUUAAACCAGUCAGGAGACCAAAGGAUUCUGUUUCUAGUCUGGAAACAGAUGGGUGUACAGAAGAAACUGGCACUGUUCUCACCAAAGAUGAUUUAUUGAUAACAGCUGUACAACAAUCUCUUGAUAUGGGAUAUACACAGGAUCAAAUAAGAGAUGCUCUGACACUGCUGAGACAAAGAAGACCAGACCAUCAUCACUUUAGUAUAAAUGAUAUACUGGAUGCCUUAACAGGAAGGACAACAAGAGAAGCUGUUAAACAGAUUGAUAGGAGUUCAGGUGAAGAAAAUUGGGUAACAGUUGAAAAAGAUAAGUCUGGAGAGUGUCAUGAAAUGGAACCUGCCCCUCACAAUAACCAUUUCUCCCAACCAAUGUCAAUCAGGACUACUAAUAGUAAUCCAGAACUAGGCAAACCCAAACAAGACAAAAAUAAAUGUAAAAUGUCUUGAUAUAUGUUUUGUGAAUAUAAUUGUGAGCUAUGCACUUCAAUGCCAAUACCAAGGUAGAUGCAGUCAACAGUUUAUAAUAAAACAAAUGUAAAUACAUUGGAAAGUAAAUACACCAACAUUUCUGUUGUUAUGGAAACCGAAUUUUUCAGAAUUCAAGAGAAUGGUUAUGAAAAUAUUAUGGUAUGAGUACACAGUUAUCUCCCUUUGGUAUUUGUCGUCUGCUAGUGAAGUAUCUAGUAUAUAUAUAAUGAACAAUUUUACAUCACCUUAAAGAUGUUGAGGAGCUAUAGAAGUACCCUAAGGAGGAUUUUUUGCAUUCACAUGCAAGUGUGCAAAUCUACAGUUAGUUCAAAGGAUUUGAAAGAAAUAUUGUCGCAUAGCCAUGCAGAUGCCUCUAUGUGAGACUGUCUGAAGUUGAAAAAUCUAUACUUCAUGGACAGGGCUGUGACUAAGUUUUUCGAAAUUUAUGACAAAUAGUAAUUUAUGUACCAGAGUUUAAAUCUCAGAAAGUAGGUGACUUAUCAGCACAUUAAUUGGUAUGAGGAUGCCUCUAGGAGAGAGUAUUAGCAUCCAGAAGAAAUUAGGUCACUCUGACUAAAGAUUUAUUAAGUCUCUUUGAAGAUGAGUUUGAACUUUGUAAUGAUAGAUUUAAAAUGUGUUUUUGCAUUACAUAUAUAUUGUUGUAACAAUUUGCUUAUUCCUCAACAAAUGUGUUGUGAGGCCUGAAAGAGGUAAUUUUAUUAUCAAAUGUUUGUUAUUUGAAAAAUAGAGCAUAAUAAUCUUAUAAAUAAGUUAAAUUUCUGUCUUGAUAUUCAUGAUUAGCAAAUAAUAUUAUAAAGAAUUUAUUAUUGAAUGAUAGGUUUUGAGUGAUCAUAUUAAUCUAGCUUUUGUCUUUAUUAUAUAGAUUAUAUAAAUAAUGAAUGGUCAUUGAAAUAAGAUGAACGUGUGGUAGAUCUGUUGUAGAUUUCACUCUUGUAAAUAUCAUUUCAUUAUCUGGUUAUCAUGAACAUGAUGAUGAAAUCAUUGAGUAACAAUGAUUCAGAGAGUAACGAUGAUGAAAUCAGUGAGUAACCUAAACUAUAAUGCAGAUACAGUUUCACUUCAAGAUAUUCUUUGGCUAUACCUUUUUAUACCUGGUUGGUUUAUAGCUCAUUAUCUUUUAAAUAAGCUUUCGAUUUUCUUAUAUUUUGGCCUUUAAGCACUACUGAAGGAACAUUUAUUGUCAAAAAGUGUGCAUCUGGUGUGGAAAAUUGGUACCUUUUAUGAUAUUACAAAUUAAAGACAAAAUAUUAUGAGAAUCAAAAAAGUUCCUCAAUUGUAGAGAGACAAGAACUGUUACCAUUAACUAGAGAAAAAAAGUUUUAUUUAAAAUUAUCUAAGAUUUGAUUCAAUUAAAGACUAUUUUCCAUUUUGAUUAUAUAAAAAAUCUGCCCAAAAGCGUCAAAAGGGGGAAGGAACUCUUCAUUGUAAAUUGUGAAAUGAAGAUAUUUUCUUUGUGACAUCUAACUUUUCUGGGAAAGGUACCAGUAGGAAGAUCUAACUUUUCUGGGAAAGGUACCAGUAGGAAGAUCUAACUUUUAUGGGAAAAGGUACCAGUAGGAAGAUCUAACUUUUAUGGGAAAAGGUACCAGUAGGAAGAACAUGUAUUUGUUCAUCAUUAGUAUCUACUUUGAUCAUUGGACUAUAUAUGUAUAGAUACAUUUGUAAAUUAUAUAUUACUAAACUGUGAUGUUUCUUUCUAAAGUGCUUUCUGUAGAAAUAGUUGAAUGUUUGUGGUUUUGAGAGUUUUAAUCUUUACGACAGCUUAAAUCCAUUAUUGCUCAACUUAAUUUACUUGCUUGUGCCAUAAAUUAUGAUCUGAAAUUAUUCUUGAUUGUAGUAAAAAAUGAUGUUGAAAUGAAAGUAUUUUCAAUAUAGGAUGUACAUAAUUCAUUUCAUGGUGCUCAAGACAUUGUACACAAUGCUUUUGUGACUGUUCAUACACUACUAACAUGUUAAACAUGCUUUCAUUUUCUUGUUGGGCUGAAAUAUGUAUAAAGAAGUCAGUAAAAGAUAUAAUCAGAUAUGGAAUAUUUUAGAAAUUAUUUUUUUAUGAUAUUAAGUUUGAAGGGCAUUAAUGCUUUCACACAUUUUUAAAAUCAUAAAUUUGAAAGAAUAGCUUUACUAUAGAAUAAAAAGUUUUAAGUCUAAAGAUUGCAUGAAAUAUUGUUUUGAGAUGAUAUCUAAAUCUUCCAAGGUUUAUCACUACCUUACAUAGUUUCCAACAACAUAGUGCUGUGGAGUGAUCAUUCUUCAGAUAUUUCCCCUCAAUGUUAAGCAAUUUAUUAUGGAUAUAUUGUACUUAGAUGUUUAAGUUAAAAUAUGAUGUGUAUUUGAAUAACUGAUUUGAAUAAGAAUUUUUGUUAUUCAAAUUUAUAUAAGUAUGAAAUUGUGAUAAAAUAGGUUCACUAACAAAUGCCCUCUCAAAAAUAAAGAAAGAUAACUCUUCUCAAAAUUAUCUAAAAUUUAUACUCUUCAAUGAUUUUUUUUUAAUUCACAAAAUUGUAAAAUAAAAGCAACCUUUUUCCUUUGGUGCCCACAAGUGCUUUAAUUUAAUUUUCAUCUACUUUCACACAAAAACCAACAAACAAUGAUAAUUGUUAAUGAUGUUUCAUUGCCAUUCAGGAAAAAAAUCAUCUACAAUUGUAAUGAUUCUAUGGUUGUUUCUUUUUUUAAGAUUCAGUAUGAAUACCACUAGCAUGUCAUACUGUGGAUUCAUCUAUGUUCUUGGGUACAAAUUUUCGUGGCUAAGGAAAACAUGCAUUAUGCUGGAUAUUUAAUUUUCAUGAUUUUGAUGUAGUAAAGAAAAAUUGUCAUUCGUUAAACCUGUUCCAAUGCAAUCUAUGAAAAUUGGUAUCCAACGAAAAUUAAUGAAUCCACAGUAUGAUUUUAUGUAAAGAGUGAAAGCAAGGAGCAGUUAAUUUAAGCUGAACUGACCCUUAUUUAACCAGCAGAAAAUGAGAUAUUAUAAAUCUUGUUAUAUUAUAUGUUUGUUGCAAUAGUGCUAUUGAUGCGAGUAUAUAUGAAUUUUAUUGGUUUUCUGUUUGUUUUAUAUGAUAGUCUAUUUUAAAUAUAAGUGCUUAUUUAUAAAGCAAAUGUUUUAAAUGACAUAGAUCAUUGAAUAAUCAUAUUUAAAUUUUGAAUGCAGGAGUGUAUUGUUAAUAAAUAUUUUCAAUAUUG